ACACUCUGAAGAUGACAGCAUCUGUUCAAUACAUAAGAAAACUGCUGGGAAAAAGCAGCUGUGCGACAAGCAACCUGUUGAACACUGGACACAAAACACAGAAGAACACUACCGAUUCUAAAACCAUCAGGAACAAAGAUGGAAAAAGUCAUAAAAGAAACGUAGUGCAAUUCCAAGACAACACAACAGAGCAGUAUAUACGGAAAAGUGUCGUUUUAAGAAGAAAAGAAAAUGAAACUUUUGGGUUUGACAUCCAGACAAGCAGUGUUGAGAGAAGCAUCAGUACUGAGCAGGAUUUGGGCUCGUGUGUGUGUUGGGUGAAGGAGAACAGUCUGGCAGAGAGUAGUGGGUUAAUGACAGGUGAUGUUAUUAUAACGGUCAACAGUGUGUAUAUUGCUGGAUUCACUCAGCAGCAGAUCAACAAUCUGGUUCAAAAGUCCUCCACCUUAAUGUAA